CUUUCCAACUAAGCAUUUUAGCCCCCCCCCUCAACCAUGUCAGUGACACUUUUAAGUCGCGAUGAAGCGUGUAUCAUCGGAAGGGGCCAGCCGGCAGACUCAGACUUCAAAAAGAAUUUCUUCGACGUUUUCGGCACAGCAGGUUGCCUCCUAGGUUGCGAGGAUAAGAAGUACCCAAAAGAGAAGUCUCCUCAAAUCGAAUUCAGGAGCAAGAGAUCAUCUAGAAGGGAUAGAAGGAUGACGAAGGAUGACGAAUCUGAAGCUAUACGGACACCAACUCAGUGGUUCGAUAUAAACGAGAUUACAGCAUCUGCUGUGCAUGGAUGCGGAUCUUGCGCGGUUUUGCGACAGCUCAUUGAAAUUUUGUUCUCAACACAUGCGCAUCUUUUGUCUAGGCCAAUAUGAAUACUACGUAUCAGAACGUCUAGGGUUAAAACGGCGCAUCCAGGGCAGGGAAGAUUCAAUAGAAAUUGUCCAGUUAUUCCAAUUCCCUGGUAGGUCUUAAAAUUUGUCUACACUAAAGGAUAGAUGCCUGGGGCUGAGAUCUAGUAGAUUCAAGUGUACAAUUCGAUCAAUUAUAUCGGUCGAAUGUUUUAUCUGAUAAAUACCUGUCCAUUGCGCGACUGCGUCUAUGGAUACGAGAAUGCUCUAAGAACCACCGAAGUUGUUCAAAGUAUAUGGCUAUCAAGGAUAAUAUAAUUCGACCUACUCGACUACUCGACC